UGUCAUCUGAGGAGUGUGAUAACCAGCAGUAGGGAGCGGUGGUUUAAUAUCACCGAAUAUGAGAACGGAGUAAGCGACCUUCUGUGCUCGUUCUUCCGCUACAUUCCUCUUGCUCCCAUCCUCUUAUCAGUAUGGAGUUUGCGGAGCUUAUCAAGACCCCUCGUGUGGAUAACGUAGUGCUGCACCGGCCUUUUUAUCCCCCGGUGGAGGGUACCCUGUGUCUCACUGGGCAUCAUCUGAUUCUAAGUUCCAGACAGGACAACAGCGAGGAGCUCUGGUUGCUGCACUCCAACAUCGACUCCAUAGAGAAAAAGUUUGUAGGUACAUCUGGUACCAUCAGUAUAAAAUGUAAGGACCUGCGCAUAAUACAUCUGGAAAUAACAGGAAUGGAAGAAAGCUUGAAUGUUGCUAGCUCCGUUGAGGCCUUGUCAACUCUGGAUUCUAUCACCUUAAUGUACCCCUUCUUCUAUCGCCCUAUGUUUGAAGUGACAGAAGAUGGCUGGCAAUCUUUCCUUCCUGAGCAGGAGUUUGAGCAUCUCAAGACAGUAACUGGGGACUGGAGGCUGAGCGAAGUUAAUUCAGAUUUUUCUGUUUGCCCCACAUACCCUCCACUUGUUAUCGUUCCUAAAUCUUUAGAUGAUGAUUCUCUUCGAAAGGUUGCAAUGUUUCGCCAUGGUGGACGUUUUCCAGUUCUUAGCUAUUACCAUAAGAAGAAUGGCAUGGUGAUGAUGCGCUGCAGUCAGCCUCUUACAGGAACUAAUGGUCGCCGGUGCAAAGAAGAUGAAAAGCUAGUUAAUGCCACACUGAGAGCCGGGAAACGAGGCUACAUUAUAGAUACUAGAUCCCUGAAUGUUGCUCAGCAGGCAAGGGCUAGGGGAGGUGGAUUUGAACAGGAAGCGUACUACCCUCAAUGGAGACGAAUUCACAAGUCUAUUGAAAGGUUCAAUAUUUUGCAGGAGAGUUUGAUAAAACUUGUAGAAGCCUGUAAUGAUCAGUCACACAACAUGGACCGAUGGCUUAGCAAACUAGAAGCUUCAAACUGGCUUACUCACAUCAAAGAAAUUUUAACGACAGCUUGUCUUGCUGCUCAGUGUAUUGACAGGGAAGGAGCGUCUGUGUUAGUUCAUGGAUCGGAAGGAAUGGAUUCCACUCUUCAAGUGACUUCCUUGGCACAAAUAAUCUUGGACCCAAACUGCAGGACUAUUCGUGGAUUUGAAUCUUUAGUGGAGAGGGAGUGGUUACAGGCGGGUCAUCCUUUCCGGCAGCGCUGUGCACAGUCCGCCUACUCAAACAGCAAACAGAAAUGGGAAGCCCCUACUUUCCUGCUCUUUUUGGAUAGUGUGUGGCAAAUUCUCCGGCAGUUCCCCUGCUCAUUUCAGUUCAAUGAACGUUUUCUCAUCACUCUCUUUGAACAUGCCUAUGCAUCUCAGUUUGGCACCUUUCUGGGUAACGGCGAGUAUGAGAGGAGCAAAUUAAAGCUGCGACAGAAGACAAUGUCCCUGUGGUCCUGGGUGAAUCAACCAAAUGAAAUUAACAAAUUUAUGAAUCCUCUUUAUGAAGCCAAUGGGCUUGUGAUAUGGCCAUCCGUAGCUCCCCAAAGUCUACAGCUGUGGGAAGGUGUUUUCCUUCGUUGGAAUAGGUCGUCCAAGUAUGUUGAAGAUGCCUAUGAAGAAAUGAUUCACAUUAUAGAGUACAACAAGGAGCUGCAGGUUAAAGUAAAUGCGCUGCGGAGACAGUUGGCAGAGCUGGAAACAGAGGACGGGAUUCUAGAGACACCCUGAAGUCUCUCCAAGCUUUACUACAUUACAUAACACCUUGUUAGACAUUUGUCCGCCAAGGUUUUGUGUUUACACUAUCGGCAAUGCAUGCACUACAUGUUGAUCUAUUAAACCAUAUUCAAUCUGUUUUCAAGAAGCAGUGACCACUACCGUAGAGUGAGUUGUGGAACAAUGUGUAAAGUUCAGUGUGUGGAUUCUGCUCUUAGACGCAUGUGUAGCUUACUUACCUGUAGAAAUGUAAAAACAUGGUCAUUAUGUUAGGUGAACUGUGCCUCCAAAUAUAUUUGGAUGUAUUAUUUUACCUGUUAAGACCAAAUCCAAUAACGGAUGAAAAUUAUAAGUUCAUUACUGCUUUUUUUCUGCUCCCAUUCCUGACACUCUACUUGGUCACUCCUGUAUUCCAGGAUUUGCACAUUUUGCACAUCUAUAGCAUUAUGUUUUUUUGUAUGUAUGUUUUAAUUUUUCUGUGUAUAUGUAAAAUGUUUAUAAAGCAGCUAGCAUAUAAUGUAAUUGAAAAUCAAAGACCAAGAAGAUAAGCCUUUACUUUUGUUACUAAGCUGAGUGAUAAAGGUGGUGACAUUAAAAGUAUGAUAUUAAAUGGU